AUGAAAAGAAAAAAUAUUUCAAAAAAAAAAGCAGAAAAUUUUAUAAAUAAAAAGUAGCCAAUUAAAAAGGAAGUAGGCAAACCUACAGGAAUUAUUAAAGCAACUUAAGAAAUUGAACUCCCUAAAAUUUGGAGUUGUUUAAAUAUAGAAAAAUAGUUGAUUUUCUUUUUUAUUUCUAUUGGUCGACAUGUAAGCCUUCAUUUGGCAGGAACAAAUAAAAGUCAAAAUAAUGAGGAGGACGACAAAUUUAAAGAAAAAUAAUAAAAAAUUGAAGCUAUUCAAUAAAGUAAAUCUACUUAUGAGUAUUUAUAACAAAUUGCUUAAAGUUUGUUUGAUUGGAAAUGCACCAAAUUAAAUGUUGUGUAUUUUUUUAGGAACAACUAUAAUUUUAAACUUGGUUAUGAAAAAAUGACUUUAAUUAAUAAUUAAUGGAAUUCUAUUAUGAAGAAUAUUAAAUUCUUAUUAAAUGAAAAUUUUUAUUAUGAAUUUAUUGGGAUUUUAAGAAUGUUCGAAUAAAAUUACUCUAAUAUUUAAAUAGUUGAUUAAUUAAUUAAAUAAUCUCAAUAAUUGGAUUAGGUACCAUAACUUGUUCAAAAUUUUUUUAUACUAUUACAUAAAUAAAAAAUAAUUGUAUCUUAAGGAUAGAUAACAACCUGUACAUAACUUGAAAACUUAAAGAAAGUUUAUUUAAACUCUUUAAUAGAGCACAAGUAAUUCUUAUGUGAAAUCAUAGAAAAUAUAAGAACAAUAAUGUAUUAAAAACAAAAUCAAGAUUCUUAAUAUAUUUUUGAGGAAGAACAAAAGGAGAGAGUAUUUGAUGAUAACAACAACAACCCUGAUAUAUAUUUUUAGGAUUUCUAAAUGGAACAAUUUUAUUGA